UGGGCCCGAGUCCGGUUCCGGUUCCGGUUGGGUGCCGGUGCCGGUUCGGGGCCGGCCGGAGCUUCCUGUGGCCGCCGCCAUGGAGCCGGCCGAGGCGGAGUUCCUGGCCGAGAAGGAGCUGGUGACGAUCGUGCCCAACUUCAGCCUCGACCGGAUCCACCUCAUCGGGGGAGAUCUGGGUCCUUUCAAUCCCGGCUUGCCAGUGGAAGUGCCUGUCUGGUUGGCCAUUAACCUGAAGCAGAGGCAGAAGUGUCGGCUGAUCCCUCCAGAAUGGAUGGAUGUCGAAAAACUGGGGGAAAUCCGGGACCAGGAACGUAAAGAGGACACCUUCACUCUGAUGCCCAGUCCCUAUUAUAUGGAACUCACAAAGCUGCUGUUAAACUACGCCUCAGACAACAUCCCAAAAGCCGAUGAGAUUCGAACGCUGGUGAAGGAUACCUGGGACACCCGGAUAGCCAAGCUGCGGCUGUCUGCGGACAGCUUCGUCAGGCAGCAGGAGGCUCACGCCAAGCUGGAUAACUUAACUUUGAUGGAGAUCAACACAGCCGGGACUUUCCUUACUCAAGCCUUAGAUCACAUGUACAAGCUCCGGACUAACCUUCAGCCUGGCGAGAGCGCCCACUCCCAGGAUUUCUGAGGUACUAGCCGGGCCAGCACUCAAACCUCCCAGGAGAGGGCAGUGGAAGGGAGCAGACUCUGCUCCUCGGCCUUCAUCUGACCAGCCUCUACCUCCCUGCCCAGAUCUGAAGCCGCCCAAGCCUCGGCUGCCUGCAACCCCUCCUGGGCUGGGCAGCAGGCACACGGGCAGGGGUUCUCCUUCCCAGAGGAGAGAGCAGGAUUCCCGUGGCCGGAUGGGAAUUGCUCCAGAGCUGCCAAUGGCACGGGAACAUCCCCGCACGAUCGCUCCUACGCGUUCCCUCUUUGCAGAGGUCGAGCUCUCUCUUGGGUUCGAGAGAUCUGCUUGGUGCAGGUGGUGGCUUGCCAGCGCUAGGCUGCUGUCUAAUGAUGUCAGGAGGAUCUCUGCGCCCUGGAGAGUGUGGGUGUACUUCAUAGAGGGAACUUCUGAGGGCAGCACAGGCCACACACUGGCUUGAAAGCGAUAAAUUUCUAGGCGGUGCUUCGCCAUGAAUUUUCUCAGAGCCUUGAAAAAGGGGGAAGAUGUGCCGGCGAUGAGAGGUGUCUGCUGCUCUGCUGGGGAGAUCAGCCGGGAAGCAGAUCCAUCUGCUCUUUGGAGAAGGACAAAAGAAAAUGGCUUUCCCUCUCCAAAGCCAGGCUGUCUCGUAAUAUCCUACGUCUGCCUUUUUUUUUUUCUUUUCUCUUUUUAAUCUGAAACUGUGUGUAUGAAAAAAAUAAAAUUAAUUGCAGCUGAGUCAACGG